UUAAACCCCCUCUGAGAGAUAAUUGAAUUAAACUACACACAGGUUUUAAUUUUUUUUAUAUUUUUUGGAGGCUAGAUAUUAAAAAGCUCUAGGAUCGUGACUGAAUUCCUCUUGCCUCAUGCACCAUCUCUCUCCCCCAUGUUUCAGAUUUGUAAAAAUGUCUGACUUCGAGGACUUCACCAAGCCAGCAGGGCAGGCCAAUGUGUCUGAGAGCUACCAGCUGAACCCCACCAGUGUGAUCGUGUCGGUGGUCUUCUCCCUCAUCUUCCUCCUCGGCACGGUCGGUAACAGCCUGGUGCUGGCCGUGCUUCUGCGGAGCGGCCAGGUCGGAUACAACACCACCAACCUGUUCAUACUCAACCUGAGCAUGGCCGACUUCUUCUUCAUCAUCUUCUGCGUCCCUUUCCAAGCCACCAUCUACUCCCUGGAGGGCUGGGUGUUUGGCUCCUUCAUGUGCAAAGUGGUCCACUUCUUCAUCAACCUGACCAUGUACGCCAGCAGCUUCACGCUCGCUGCUGUCUCUGUUGACCGAUAUCUGGCUAUCCGUUACCCGCUGCGCUCCAGAGAGCUACGGACACCGUGUAAGGCGAUGGUCGCCAUGGUGGUCAUUUGGGGUCUCUCUCUGAUCUUUGCGGGUCCUUAUCUCAGCUACUACGAUCUGAUCGAUUACGCCAACAGCACUGUGUGCAUCCCUGGCUGGGAGGAGCAGAACCGGAAGGUCCUCGACACGUGCACCUUCCUUGUCGGCUACGUCAUCCCCGUGCUGAUCGUGAGCCUCUCGUACACUCGAACCAUCAAGUACCUGUGGACGGCUGUGGACCCUCUGGACGGCAUGUCGGAGUCCAAGAGGGCCAAACGCAAAGUCACCAAAAUGAUCAUCAUAGUGACCGUGCUUUUCUGCAUCUGCUGGCUACCGUACCACGUGGUGAUCCUGUGCUACCUGUACGGGGACUUCCCCUUCAAUCAGACCACGUACGCUUUCAGGCUGCUGUCCCACUGCAUGGCCUACGCCAACUCCUGUGUCAACCCCAUCGUCUACGCUCUGGUGUCCAAGCACUUUCGCAAAGGCUUCAAGAAAGUGUUCAGCUGCAUCCUGAGUAAAAAAGGCCGAAAUAAAGUCCACGUGGUUCACGUGGCCAACACUGUGCCAGGUUUCGAGGCGGGCUCCACAGAGGUGUCGCAGAUGAACGAGGAGAAUGUACGACAGAAUGAAUGUGAGAUGAUGAACAGGCCCAUUGCAGAGCCAAGAGAACCCACUGUGACUCUCAAUUUGCCCUUUCAGCGGCAGACGUGACAAGUUAUUCAGGCUAACAGCAGAUUGCCUUAUGUGAAAGACACAUUGCAGCUGAUGUGUUUGUUAAACCAUGCAAACUUGUCAUCACGAUAUUCACACUUUUGGUAGCAAACAACAGAAGAGAUAAAAGGAUGUUAAGGAGUAUUAAGGUGUAUAUUUAGCCAACAACCAAAAAUCCUGCUAUAUCAUUUAUCCAGACCUUUUUUUUGUUGUCAGAUACUUUCUACAAAGAGAUAAUCAGUCAUUCAGAAAUGUGUGGAUUUAUGAAAAGAGUACUUUCUUGUGUCCACCAUCCGCCUUAACCAUGGCUUGCACUGUGGUAUUUCUUUUUUCUUUUUUUUUUAAUCAAUGAGAGCAGUCCUAAUUCCAGCACUUUUUAAAAACAGCAGAGAAUGUAUCGUCUAGUUUUUACAACAUGUUUCACCUUUUCAAGCAGUCCAAGAGGUGUUUUAAGGUUACUGACUGGGAGGGUUUAUGUGCACCACUUGACUUCAAACAAAGUCUGAAGGAAAAGCAUUCUGCAAAGUUGCCUCCCAUCCUGCGACAGGGAUCACAAGUCUGCGGUAUUUUUCGGCCGCCAUGUUCCAUUGUAGGUUUGUACCAUGUGACUGUUGUUGUCUUUUCCACAUGUAAGCUUAACUAUAAUCUGAACAAAGCAGUUUGACUAGUUAGUGCAAGUACAUCAUCCUUUCGCUUAUUAUUUUUCGAACUUGAACACAGUUUUUUUUUUGGCUUUGUUCAUUUAUAUCUUGCAUGCAGGUUAUGUUCUGUCUCAAGAUAUUGCUUGAAUAACAUUUGAGUUUCAUGUGUUAAUGAUGCAAGAAUCUCAAAGAGAAUUGUGCUUAAAAACAGUAUUCCGUUUCAUUUCAAUUUCAGGAGAAUUUGAAAUCUCUAACUUUGUAUUGAAAUACUAAAGAAGUGCCAGCAUCAGGGGUUUAAAGGGCAGACUUUUGGUAUUGAUUGAUGUAAAAAAAAAAACAGGUUUUUGGACUUAGAAUAAAAGAAGUUGCUUUACUUGUAUUUUUCAAAGAUUGUGUUCAUAGCAUGUUACUCUUUUGGUGUCAGAUAUAUAUAUUUAAAUGACUUUAUUGAUCAAUGAGUGCUCUUAAGCGUUUAAGAGUUGUGUAUUUUAAAAUAUGAGUAUUUAAAAAAAUGUGUAUUUUGUGUAAUUCUCCAAAUGAAAGCAGAUCCUUAGUAUUUCUCUCUCUCUUUCCCUGUUGUCAUGUGAGCUUCUGUCCUACCUCAACACUGUAAAAAAGACACAUGUUAUUGCCUCUUUGUUGUUGUUUGGUUUAUGAGUGUGCAGUUUUCCUCUUCAGACAGUCAUUACCUUACAAAACACCCCUCCUUCACACUGACCAAUUUUCAUCCUGUGUAUUUGUGAUAAUUUGCUCUUUGCGUCACGACCAUAAUAUACGGAACUGACCCUGCUCCGUUUCAUUAUGAUGAUUUCACAAACAAAACAGCUGUAUAAUUCCAAGUUACAUAAUAUAUUUCCAGAUAUAUUUAUCAAAAAGGUUUUUAAACAUCAUGUCAUACAAACUUCAAUGACUAAAUAAAAUAUUUUCUUCUGUGA